GCCCCGGCUCUCCCAUAGUCCCAUUUCCUUCACCUCGUCCGCGAGCCUCGCUUCCGCGUCUCCACAACUUCCCAAAUCCCACCAGGCCACGCCACCGGAGCUAUCCCCCGAUCGCGAGAGGAGGGUAGCGAGAUCCAGAGGCUCGUCGCCGGCAGCCGGACGGUGCCGCAGUUCCAAGUCGACGCGAGGUACAGGAACUACACGUGUGAAGCGAUAUCAACGACGCAUAUGGCUGGGACCCAUAAGAAGCGAAUCGAACGAUAUAUCACCUUUGAUGAAGAAUCUGAAAGUGAGGAUAUAUCGCUGGAUGAGUUGGAGGAGGAGCUUGAAGAGCACAAGGACUAUGAUGUACUAGUAAGUCUUUUAACCAAUGGUGAAAAACAGCGAGGCAUGGCAACAUUGGUUGAGGGCGACCUAGGCCAUACUGAAGAAGCUCUUAUUCAAGAUUAUAUUGAAGAUAAUGACAGCCUUGUUCUGUUGCAUGAUCAGAUUCAUGACUGUGACAUUAUUUUGUCACAAAUAGGAUCAAUUCUUAGUGGAUUCCAGGUCCAUAUAGGUUUGAUAAGCUCAGAAAUUAGAAGCCUUCAGGAGAAAUCCUGGGAUAUAAGCUUGAAACUGAGGAACCGCAAGUUUGUUGAGACAAAGCUUGCUGGGUUUGUUGAAGAGAUAGUUGCUCCUCCUAGUUUGGUAAAUAUUCUUGUUAACGGAGAGGUAAAUGAUGGUUAUGCCAGAAGUCUGGAGAUCCUUAGCAGAAAGUUGAAAUUCGUUCAAGAUGAUCCGUUGAUUAAUGCAUCACAAGCUCUGAAUGAUAUUAAGCAAGAAUUGGAAAGGCUUCGACAAAAGGCACUAUCCAAGAUUUCCAGCCAUAUUAUGGAGAUAUUCUUUGCUAUGAGAAAACCUGGGACUAAUAUACAGAUAUUGCAACAAAAUUUGCUUCAGAAGCAUAGGUAUCUCGUUCUGUUUCUUAAAGAGCAUGGUUCCGAGACGUAUGGUGAUUUGUGUGCAUCAUAUGUUGAUACAAUGAAUAAGGUGCUGAGUACAUACUUUCAUGUGUAUGUAGAAGCAUUGGAGAGGUUGAAGCUAAAUAUUGGUGUAAUCAGUGAUUUUAGUGGACAUGAUACCAGUAUCAUUGAUAUUAUAAUAAGAGGAAGAGAGCAUCUGAGAAAUCAUGGUUUCAUGUUUUCAUUAGGUGAACGUGCAAAUAUUCUGAAGGAGAUUCAUCAACCUGGCUUGGUUCCGCAUAUAUCUCAAGGCAACUCUCGUAAAUACCCAUAUGAAGUUAUUUUCAGGAGCCUUCAGAAGCUUCUGAUGGACACUGCAAGCUCUGAGUAUCUUUUCCUAGAAUCAUUCUUUGGAGAAGAGUCACUGUUUUAUCAAGUUUUCGAAGGACCUUUUGCUGUUAUUGGUCAACAUUUGGAUAUCACUCUUGCAAAUUGUCAUGAUGCUGUAUGCCUCAUGCUCAUAAUCUGCAUAACUAGGAAGCACCAGUUGGUUAUGUGUGACAGACGGCUUCCUUGUCUUGAUAACUAUUUUGAUAAGGCUCUGAUGUAUCUCUGGCCACGUUUCAAGGUAGUGUUUGACAUGUAUCUUCAAAGCUUAUAUCAGUGUGAUGCUCAAACAAUAUGGAUAGAUGGUACCCGUCCACACCAUAUUGCAAGGUGCUAUGUGGAGUUCACAGCAUCCCUUGUUCAGCUUAAUGCUGAAUGUGGAGAUGGUCAGCUUGAUAUGAACUUGGAACGCUUGCAGUCAGCUAUUGAUGUCCUACUUAUUAGGCUUUCCCAAACUUUUACAACUACCAAGCUGCAGCACCUUUUCCUUUUGAAUAAUUAUGACAUGGCCAUCUCUGUCCUGAAGGAAGCUGGCGAUGAAGCCAAAAAACUGCAAAGACAUUUUGAAGAGAAGUUAGAAACCAACAUGAUGGCUUUUGUGGAUGAUUUGCUCAUGGAACAUUUUAGUGACUUACUUCGGUUUGUGAGGAGUCAUGUUUCGGAAGACCUGGUAUCUUACACCGAGGACACCAAUAUUGCUGAUGUUGAACCAGUUGUGAAAAACUUUGCCAUGAAGUGGAGAACUGCUCUAGAGAUCAUGCACAAUGAAGUCAUAACUUCUUGUAGUAACCUUUUGUCUGGGAUGGCGAUUCUAAAAGCGGCAAUGACUCAGUUGCUUAAUGACUAUAACAGGCUCUCAGAAUGUGUGAAAAAAAUCUCAGGGGUUUCGACUUUGAACAGACAUAUGGUUUCCAUCACCUCUAUUUCAUAUGAAAUCAGGAAAUACUCAAGAACACUCUAGUUGCUUAUCAUGGCGUCCAAGAGUUUCCAGAGAAAACAUCAUCAUCGAGACUAUUUUAAACCUUCCAACCUGACAAGUGCCAGUUGUCAUUUUUAGUUUGAUUUUAAAAGUAGGUACUGUAAAUGGGACAGUUAGAACAUCUUUUACUUUAUGUUUGUUACUGUUAUUGCUAUUUUUUAUGUGCUAUAUAGACUAUGUUCGUUUUGUUUGGAA